AUCUACAGUCCUGUGAAUAAAUCCCUCCGCGCCCUGGAGACUCGUUGUACUGUAAAUAACCAAACAUUACGCCAUCCUCCGGUCCGUUCCCCUCCUCUGGACUGGUAGCAGUUGCAUGCUCUUCCCAGUCACAUUUUGUGAAGCUGCUGGCAGUGGUGGGAGGACGUUGGCGCUAACUGCAGUGCAUUGCGAUGCAGAGAAGGGCAGUAGGACUGUAUGAGCUGUACGCCUGAAGCCUAAAGCAGCAUCCUCCAGUGCAGACGGAGCGCAGGGAGGUGGUGUCGGAGUUCAUGCGCUCACCUCUGGACGCGGCUGCCGAAGAGGGCCGAGGUGUCUCUGCAGCGCCGAGGCUUUACAGAGGGAUACCGUCUUGAUACGUGACUCCGAGCCUGCGAGCGCGAGGCUGACCGGGCUCAGGAUCUGGGAGGGAGGGAGGGGGUCCCUGGUGCGGCACCCCGCCCGUCUCUCCUCGUUGGGACUGCAGGGAUAACGACCUAAAACCGUGAUAUCCCCGCGCAGAAGGCACUGAGCAGGUACUGGUGGCAGCGCUGCCCUCCCCAGUAGCCUACACCGUUUUCCUCCAUCCCGCACCUCUGCGCCAAAGGUUCCUGUUGCCACUGGAUAUCAUGGAAUAGAAGCGGCAAAUAUUGUGACUGUUGCCAAAUAUCUUCAACAUUGUAGUUAUGUUAUGAUGUGAGGACCUAAAGGGCUGUUAGUGGGGGUCCUCCGUGUAAAAGGAAUCAGCAUAUUAUAUCUAGGGCUCUCAUAUGUUUUCAGUACUGACAAUCUCUUCAAACCUACUCUCACUGUAAAACCAUGAGGAUCUAAGUUGAGUCACAUGGAUAAAUGAGUAAAAUGUAUCAUCGGUAAGAAGCUUUUCCCUUCUCAUCAGCUGGUUCCACUUCUCCUAGUUGCCUCCUCACCAGACACACAAAAUGCGCCCUUCCCUCACCACAGCAGUCCUACCACCCAGGACUCGUACCCACAAUCCAACCAACCUGGCUGUGGGGAGCCGUGAAGCUCCACGAAGGCGCAGCCCAAACCUCCGGCACACCCUCAGCCCAGAGAACCUGCGUACCCUAGCGGAUAGGGGUGGGGCUGCUGCUGAUACCGGCUCUGUUAGCAGUUCUGUUGGGCUUACACAGGCUAACAGCGACACAGACUUGGUGAGCGCCCAGAGCCGGUCCUCGCUAACGGCAUCCACUCUGGAGUACACACUGAACCGUGGCCAGAACCUUGUCAUAUCCUGGGAUAUCAAAGAGGAAGUGGGUGCUACCGACUGGAUUGGACUGUACCAUAUUGAUGAAACCAGUCCAUCCAAUGUGUGGGACUGUAAGAACAGAGGGGUGAAUGGCACUCAGAAAGGUCAGAUAGUUUGGAGGCUGGAGCCUGGGCCCUACUUUAUGGAGGCUGAGACCAAGAUCUCUUUCAAGUACUACCAUGGAGCGAGUGGAGCCCUGCGAGCCACGACUCCCUGCAUCACUGUGAAGAAUCCAGCAGCCCUGGCGGAGGGGCUGGCAGAACAGGUGGGCAUUGAGCAUCCUCGGAAACUGAUCAGCUUUACUUUGACGGAUCUGCGUGCCACUGGUCUGAAGAAGGGCAUGUUUUUUAAUCCGGACCCGUACCUGAAGAUGUACAUCCACCCGGGGAAGAGGAGCGUUUUCCCCGUCUUCAGCCAUCACGGACAGGAACGACGAUCAGCCAUCAUCGCUAACACCACCAACCCCAUCUGGCAUGGAGAGAAAUACACAUUUGUAGCACUAAUGACAGACAUUCUGUAUAUUGAGGUAAAGGACAAGUUUGCAAAAAGCCGACCAAUCAUCAAACGCUUCCUCGGUCAGCUCGCUAUCCCUGUACAGCGGCUUAUUGAAAAGAUACCCGGUGUCCAGCCUGUGUGUUUUUCGCUGUGUCGGCGCCUGCCCACUGAAAACGUUAGUGGCCAGUUGCAGUUCAAAGUGGAGCUCACCUCGGCUGGCCCUGAUGGUGCUUCUCCUGAUUCUAUCAUUGGCAUUUCAUCCCUGAAUGGAGCUCCAGGGACGCCAUCCGAUGAUGAGGACCUGCCACAUAACCUUCCAGGGGUGGUCUCUGCUGGCCCCUCCCCUACUGGCUCCCAGGGCUCCCAAGGCAUGUGGGAAGCUGGGGCCUCAGCCAGCCCAGAGAAGGAUCUUUAUCUUGUCGGACCCCAGGCUGGGUUUGUACAGCCUGAAAGGCUGUUGGGCCAAGAAAUGCUCCAGAGGUCGCUUAGUGAGGGCCUGGAUGCUAUUGAGGCCCCUAAGGGUCCUGGUGAAAGACCCAUGAGGGCAGCCUCACCCAAACUACGCUCCAGCUUCCCCACGCACACAAGGCUCAGCGCCAUGUUGCACAUAGAUUCAGACGAGGACGAGGAGAGAUCUGGGGCUGUUGACAUCACUCCGGUGCCGCUGUCACCACUGCUGAUGAAUGGAGUGGCACCAGAUGUCGGAGGCCCCGAUGAAGACAACCCCUUUCCGGAGCUGGAACCUGAGCAGCUAGAGGCCUUGGUGUUGGAGGACGAGCCCAGGGGCGCAGGUGCUAUAACAGAAGAUGUGUCACCUGAGGCAGAGGUGGCCCUGGAGGUGGAGGCAGGUCUGGACUUGGAUGAUGUUUUGGAGCCAGACGUCUUCUCUGAAGUGGAGGAGGCUGCUUUCACCGAGGCCGUGUCCCAUAAUGCUUUACCAGAGGUUAGAGAGGUGCUUGCGGACGGGAGGGUGCCUGGCGAAGACCCCUCAUCAGAGAUCAAAACCUGCUCUGUGGCUACAGCCCCACAGCCCAUCUUCUCACCACCAGAGAGCUGCUGCUGUCCAGUCACACUGGCCGCUGCUGUGGCUGCAGAGCAGGGAGCAGAGGCGGCCAUAGAUCCAGGAGGAGUUGUAGUGUCCUCCACCCCACCAAUCAGCCAAGCUGUAACCAGUGAUGGUGGUGGGCAGGCUGCUGUCCCCACGGUCGAAGGAGAAGCUCUGCAAGAGGUGCUCAUGGAGAUCAGUGUGAGGAGGCUGAGCCUACGUGCCGCCGGGGGCAUGGUUGAAGAGCAGGAAAGGGAGGAGACAAAGCCACAUGUGGAGGUGGGGUCUGUGGAUUCAGAGCCAGUGGCCACAGAAACAGAUGGCGAGGAAGGUACCCAAGUCAACGGCCAUCCUGUACGUUCGCUGCCUUCUGUACGACACGACAUCCACCGAUACCAACGUGUGGAUGAGCCUCUGCCUCCCAACUGGGAGGCUCGUAUCGACAGCCAUGGGAGGAUCUUCUUCGUGGACCACGUGAACAGGACCACCACGUGGCAGCGUCCUACCGGGCCGCCGGCCCCACAGGGUCUCACCCGCUCCAACUCCAUUCAGCAGAUGGAGCAACUCAACCGCAGGUACCAGAGCAUCAGGAGGACCAUAACCAACAGUGAUCGGUCAGAGGAAAGCUCGGUUGACCUGCUGCCUGAACCAGAAAGUGAACUGAUGCCCCAUUCCAUUUCUGAAUACCGGCGGGAAAGCACCGUUGCUCACGCCAGUGGUCGCUCGCGUCUCUCCCUGCUGCUUCAGUCUCCCAGCGCCAAGUUCCUGUGCAGCCCUGACUUCUUCACCGUGCUGCAUUCAAACCCUAGUGCCUACCGCAUGUUUACGAGCAACACCUGCCUGAAGCACAUGAUCAGUAAGGUGCGUCGGGACGCUCAUUACUUUGAGCGCUACCAGCACAACCGUGACCUCGUCACCUUCCUCAACAUGUUCGCCAACAAGCAGCUGGAGCUUCCUCGAGGGUGGGAGAUGAAGCACGACCACACUGGGAAGCCCUUCUUUGUGGACCACAACUGUCGGUCCACGACGUUCAUUGACCCACGGCUGCCAAAAAAAACCGGACUUCUGGCCCACCGCCAGCACCUGAGCCGCCAGCGCAGCCACAGUGCUGGGGAGGUAGUGGACGACUCUCGCCAAACCUACCCACCCAUCAUGCCCCGCCCCUCCAGCACCUUCAGCGGCUCCAGCCGGAGUCAGUACCAUGACGUGGUGCCUGUGGCAUACAAUGACAAAAUAGUGGCGUUUCUACGGCAACCAAACAUCUUAGAGAUAUUGCAGGAGAGGCAGCCUGAGCUUGUCAGGAACCACUCGCUCAAGGAAAAGGUGCAGUUUAUUCGCAGCGAGGGAGUCAGUGGGCUGGCUCGUCUCUCUAGCGACGCUGACCUUGUCAUGCUGCUGAGCUUGUUUGAAGAGGAGGUUAUGUCAUAUGUGCCACCGCUACUCCACCCAGGCUACUGUCUCUCCUCCCCUCAGAGCUCUCCUGGCACCCAGAGAGCCAAUGCCCGUGCUCCUGCUCCAUAUAAACGGGAUUUUGAGGCUAAACUGAGGAACUUCUAUCGAAAGCUGGAGACCAAGGGUUAUGGCCAAGGCCCAGGGAAAAUCAAGUUGAUCAUACGCAGGGACCACCUUCUGGAGGAUGCCUUUAAUCAGAUCAUGUGUUACUCCCGUAAAGACCUACAAAGGAGUAAACUCUAUGUCAGCUUCGUAGGCGAGGAUGGGCUGGAUUACAGCGGGCCCUCUCGAGAGUUUUUCUUCUUGGUGUCCAGAGAAUUGUUCAACCCGUAUUAUGGCCUGUUUGAAUAUUCAGCCAAUGACACGUACACGGUCCAGAUCAGCCCUAUGUCUGCCUUUGUAGACAACCAUCAUGAAUGGUUUCGCUUCAGCGGCCGGAUCCUGGGGCUGGCUCUCGUCCAUCAGUACCUGCUGGAUGCCUUCUUUACCCGACCCUUCUACAAGGGGCUUCUUCGCAUCCCAUGUGACCUGAGUGACCUGGAGUUCCUGGAUGAGGAGUUCCACCAGAGCCUGCAGUGGAUGAAGGACAAUGACAUCGAAGACAUGCUGGACCUCACCUUCACUGUCAAUGAGGAGGUUUUUGGGCAGAUUACAGAGAGAGAACUGAAGCCGGGUGGCGCUGGUAUCCCUGUGUCAGAGAAGAACAAGAAGGAGUACAUUGAGCAGAUGGUCAAGUGGCGCAUAGAGAGAGGAGUGGCUCAGCAGACGGAGAGCCUGGUCCGAGGCUUUUACGAGGUGGUGGAUGUGCGACUGGUGUCUGUGUUUGAUGCCAGGGAGCUGGAGCUGGUGAUUGCAGGCACUGCAGAGAUCGACCUGGCAGACUGGAGGAACAACACAGAGUACAGAGGAGGUUACCAUGACAACCACAUAGUGAUUCGCUGGUUCUGGGCAGCUGUAGAGAGAUUCAACAAUGAGCAGAGGCUGAGGCUGCUGCAGUUUGUAACAGGCACCUCCAGUAUUCCCUAUGAGGGUUUUGCUUCUCUACGGGGCAGUAAUGGACCUCGCAGAUUCUGUGUGGAGAAGUGGGGGAAAAUCACCUCCUUACCCAGGGCUCACACUUGCUUUAAUCGUCUGGACCUCCCACCUUACUCCUCCUUCUCCAUGCUCUACGAGAAACUGGUCACUGCUGUAGAGGAAACAAGCACAUUUGGUUUGGAGUAACUUCAAAACAGUUCACACCCAGGUUUAUCUCAAGGCAGAGAACCAUCUGUAGAUCCACCUUUCUGGUUUCAGAGGGACAUGAAAAACAGAACUAAUGUCCUCAAAUGGCAACUAACCACAUGUUGUUUUUCCAGCUGGCUUUUCAUCACAAAGCAUGCAAACUUUAUUUCGAUUUGCUGCCUUUCUCUCACAUUUCUGAUGGAGAUUGGUCAAGUGACCACCUUUUGGAAAACAUGGCAGAAAAAUGUAAAAUGCUUUGAAAAGCUGUACAGUUCAUUUUCUUGUUUUCACUGUAAUCUUUGUUCUUUGGGCCACAUGUGUGCUUUAUCUCCUGAGUUAAUGGCCUCGGCUACUUCAUAUCUACCCCCCCACCCCACCCCCCGUCUUUCUCCUUGUCCAACCUGCACUUCAGAGACAGCUGCUGAAAAGCCUCACAUCUCCCUUCUCCCUCUUUGGACCUGUAAACUGUGUCCUUGUUGCACUGGGCUGCAGUGUAAUAAUACUAUUAACACACACACACACACACACACACUAAUCGCCUUUGCUCAAAAACACACACGGGCCUGGGACAUUUUGUUUUAUUGAUGUACAAACCAGUGUUUCCCCAAAUAUUUUCUAUCAGCAUGGAAAUAUAUGACACAUUUUAGACUUUUAACUGGAUGUUGGCUGGUCCUCUCUGCUGUCUGAAUGCAGAGAGCACGCUCACACACACACACACACACACACAGAUAUGAAUACAAAUCAAUUGUUCUUAGACAGAAAAUACACUUUUUCAGUUUUGAUUUGAUUCCUGAAAUAAGCUGGACAGUGGGUCAGAAAUCAUCAGUGACACAUUUAGGGACAUUUUCACUGACCCACUGUAAUAAUGAUGGCAGGUUCCAGUUAGGACUGUUACCUUCAACACUGCAACUCCAGCACUCUUACAUAAGCAAGACGCAUCUGACAAAUGCAGUCCUAUUUGUGGUUACACUCAACUGUGACACCCACUGUCACACACAAACAUACAUACAAUAUUACAGCAUAGCCUUGGACCUUCGGGUAUACUUUCUUACAGUGUAACAGUUGCACUCGCUCCAGUCUAGUAUACAGAUACAUGUACUACCCACUUCAGUCAGAGAGAAAUGCAGGGUUCCUGUCUUUCAAACCGUUCCACACACACAUUCAUCAUGAACAACAGAUGCACUUUCUCACACUUGCUCAUAAUCAUGACAAACAAGGUCCUGCACACUGGUGUAAUCGCCUCCCACCCAGUGAAAGUGAAGAAUAUACCAAAUCAGUGACUGAAUGUAUGAACCUAAAGCAAAUCUGUUUGGCCCCUGACGAAAAUCUCACACAGUCUGAAGAGGAAACACCAAGUUUAAAGUUGGAAGUGGAAAGAAGCAGUGUUUUAAAUUCCCUUAACACACAUCACUGCAAGGCGCGGUAAGGUGUGCUCUUAUUACUCUGCCUCAUUCAAAGCAACUAACCAGUGAUUUAUAUGGAUACAGUGAGGAACAGAAGUAUUUGA